UCUUCAUCAUGAUCAAGUACGUGCUGCUGGCGGCCUGCGCCGUGCAUCUGGCUGCGGCCGUGCACACGCAUCAGGAGUACUUCGUCUCACCUGCGCCAGGUCACGCCGACGAGUGUCAGGACAACCGGACGGGCGUGCGCUCCAAGGUGGGCGAGUCCUGGACCACCACCGGCUGCAAGCAGGCCACCUGCGUACUGCGCGAGAACGCCGCCGGAAAGAUGCAGCUCACCAUCGCCGAAGACUCGUGUCCGAUCAUCGCGCAAAAGCCCGGCUGCCGCAGGACGGCCGUCUCCCGCACCAAGAAAUUCCCCCACUGCUGCCCGAGGUUGCAGUGCCGGAAGACCACCGGCGGCAAGGUGGUGUCGGUGCCAUACAGGCCCCGAAAAUGAGGCGCCCCAGCAGGCGGCCCCGCCGCGAGCCUUGGCAGGAGCUCAUGGACGGUGGACGUCGGGCACCAGGGGGCACCGGCGUCCAGCCGCCGCCGGUGCCCCUGGCUCCUGCGUCCAAAUUCACAGGCGCAGAGCGAUUUAUCCGUCUGGCACGUGAUUCUCACCCAGUGCACCGCUGUCCUGGAAAUGUUCUUGUAUCAGUGAGUGGCUUCUCUGGCGGCAUGUGUUGCGUAAUUUACACGGAAGAGGGCAGGCCCAUGUCUACACCCAUGUCGUUCCCACGCGAAAAGUGACAUCUCAUCGUGUAAUAAAUGUGAUGUGUGAUACAGUU